UGUACGCUCGCCAGCGUAACCCGGCCCUAUAUGAUAAACAUGUCUAUUGCCGCAUGUAUAUUUUUUAUAUUCUCAACAAGUCUAAAUAACAAAUCUAAUCAGUGCUACGACAUUGUAAAUAUUGCAUUAAGAGCUACACUCAGCUGAAGAGAUCUAAAUCAAAUCAGAGUAAACGGGAUUUCAGUAGGCUUUGACUGUGUUUUUUUCUUAUCUUGUUACGUUACCUUGUGUACAAAAAUGAGAAAAAUAAUUCUACCUCAAAUGGUUUCUAUUUUAGUAUUUCUAGUUGUUAUGACAUCUUCAUUCACAAAAGAUUGCAUUUGUGAGCAUUGUGAAGCGACCAAAGUGAUCGGUGUUGAUAGUCCUAAUGGCUCUUUAGAAGAUUCUCAUGGAGACGGAAAUCGAACAAUUUGUGCCAGAGACCGCGAUUAUGAUGAUAGAUCUUUCCCAAGCAUAUGCCACAUGCUUUGCUACAAUCGUUGUAAUCGUUUCGGUCCUCAAACCAUCCAAAAAGAUAAUGAGGAUAUCAAAAUUUGGGGAAUAUUUAGGACGACCGCCAUAUUGGAUCCGCCAUCUUUGAAUUCCAAAAAAUUAAUAGUAGAUUCGUAAUCAGCGACCUUAAAUACAUAAAUAAAGUGGAUUGUAAGAUUCAAUCUUAUGUUCUUACAAGAAUCAGAGUACAAAUAAAAGAUUAUAUUUAGUA